AAAAAAUGAACUUGUUUAUAAUGAUUGGGUUGCUAGGAAAUGUCUUUGCGAACUUUGAAGAAAAUUAUUGCGUGUUAAAUGACGAUGGUACUGAGUGUCUCGAAGAAGAAAAAAAGAGUAGCUUUCUAUUGGGAUAUGAAAUUGAUAAAAAAAAAGGUCUUUCUGAUAAUAUUUCACAAACAAAUUAUGAAGAGUUAUUGGCAAAAAUUGAAAUUGAUAAGAAAAUGCCAAAUGGUUUAUCAAGACGAAAUGGUGUAAAGGUUGGACACACUGAAGAUGUCAAUGUAGGAGAUGGAAAAGUUGUAAAAGUUAUAACUAGAGCUUUACGCCCUCUACUUUUUGAGAUUCCAGAUAUACUCACACAUGAAGAGUGUGAUCACAUUAUUAAAAGGGCAAUAGAUCCAAAGGAAGGGGGUAUGUUUAGCAGUAAAGCAAAAGGUGGUUUGACUCCUAAUGAAGUGCAAUAUAAUUAUACUGGUGCAGAAUUUGGCAAAGCUUCUGGAUGGUUUGGGGAAUUUUCAGCUUGGGAUAUAAAUGAUGAUAAAAAUAUAGACAUUGAUGAAGUGAUAAGUGUUGUUCAUGCCUCAUUUUCAUUGUGGAUGUUAGAAAAUGAUAUCAAAGAAAUAUGGGAAAAGAUGAAUGUGACUGUUAUGGACGAUGGUAUUAUCAGUGAAGAAGAGUUUGAAACUUUGAAUACAUUUGGUUUGAAAGAGUAUUUGCACAAACUUAGUAAGAAUGACCCUAGAUUUAAAACGAGAACAAGCAAUCAAGUAUGGUUAAACAUGGAUCAGUCAGUUGAUCCACUUAUUCAUAAAAUAAGAGAAAGAUUAGUAAAGUUAACUGGACUUGAUAGAAAAAUAAUAUAUGGAGGUGAAAUGUUGCAGGUAUUAAAUUACCUUCCUAAUGGACAUUAUCAUGCUCAUCAUGAUAGUGAAACUCAUCAAAGGGCGGAUCUUCCAUGUUGCCAUCAAUAUUCAGGUGAUGUUCUCACUAGUGUUGGUGAAUGUAAAUUAUGCAGGUACAUUACUUUUGUGUUGUACUUGAAUAAUGUUGAAGAAGGGGGUGGAACAGCUUUUCCAAUUGCUGAUAACAUCACAUUUAACGAAAUGAACAUGGUGCAGUACGGAAAUGUUUCAACUGACAAGUAUAACAUGAUGCAUGGAUGUAAACUAUCCAACUUAGUCAUUCAACCAAAAAAAGGUUCUGCAGUUUUGUGGUAUAAUCAUUUGCGCAAUGAGACGGACGGUUGGAUGGGUGAACUAGACUGGUACAGUUUACAUGGAGGAUGCAAUAUCAUAAAAGGAGAAAAAUGGAUGGCUAAUAUGUGGAUUCCUGCACCGUUUGGUAAUUCAAGACAUAUCCCUAGUAUAUAUUUGAAUAAUGAAGAUUAUGAAAAAGCUGAAGCAGCUAGUCAGAAAGAAUAAGUUUAUAUUUAUUCUGUGUUAACAAAUAAUUCAUAACAAAAAAAAUAAAAGUUUUGUUUCAAAA